AUGGUUGGUGAGGAUACUGUAAGGGAUACCACGAUAAGUGCUCAAUCGUCAAUGAGGUAUGAUGAUAGUGAACUGAGGUCAGAUGAAAUGAGGUCAGAUGAACUGAAUAAAGCAAUCAGCAGUGCUAAAUCACUUAUUCGACAAUUGAACUCACGAUUGGUAAAGAGUCCCAUAGAUGAGCGAACAGUUGAUAAUUUGGAAGAUUCAGGACUCUCGUUCAAUAAAUCUAGUCUCGAAACGCCAUCUCGAGAUUUAGAUGACCAUGAGUACGAUGAGAAGCAGGUGGUGACCGAGGAAAAAAUUAUAGACACAAUAAGUUCUUUGGUGAAAGUCCUAGAUGACUCCACGAGGCAGAUACAACAAUUGAAAUUGAAAAAUAUGCUCUUAAGAUCCAAUAGUAAUGAUAUUCAAUCGACCUAUGAAGUAGAGGAGAAUUUAAAGAAACAGCAAUAUGAAAGAAUGAAAUGUCAAUUUUUAGCAGAGAAUCAACAGCUAGUCGAGAAUUUACGAAUUAAAGAAGGUAAAGUCGCCAAGUAUAAGAGCCGAAUUGUGGAGAAAAAUAGGCAAAUCAAUAAAUUGACUAGAAUUCUCAAUGAAGGUUCAGGUACAGAAAGCUCUUCAAGUCAAACACCAGGUUCUACUUCCAAGGAACCUGCGCGAAACGUACCGUCGAACAAUUACAAAGAAAAGGCAUCUGAUAUGUUGAAGACUCUUGGAAUUCUCGCGUCACAAGUAUUAAAUGAAGAAGUGGAUGAUGAUUCAGGAAAUCAAACGAUACCACAGGCGGCAGAUAAUACAACAGAUCCAGAGAUAGUUCAUGCACCCAUUCUUGGUGGUCAAUUAUCUCGAGCUCCGCUCGGAGGGCGCAAAGGUUCGGACACACCCAAGGAUGCGCCAAUUGAACUACCAGAAAUGAGAAGUUUCAGAACGCUCAAUGGAGUCAUAAGAAAUUCUGGAUAA